AUGAAUAAUUUCAUGAAAUUAUUCGCUAUUUUUGUCGUGUUAAUCCAAAUCCAAUCAGCCUUGUCUCAACCAAACCAGCUUAUACAACAACUCUGCAAAAAAACCCUUUAUCAAGCCCUAUGCGUUUCUACUCUCAAUCUUGAUCCUAGAAGCAAAACCUCAAAUCUCCAAGGACUUGGGUCGAUCUCUAUCGAUGCGACUAGAAAGAAAGUGAACGAGACGUUAACAUAUGUCAUCUCCGUUUUUGGUGAUACCCGAGGACGUGAAGAUUACGAGAGGUACGGAACUUGCAUUGAGGAGUUUGGUGCGUCGGUUCGAAGGUUUCUACCGGCAGCUUCGGCUGAUCUAAAAGCUAAGAGAUAUGUUCAGGCAGUGUCUAACAUGAAAGACGUUUUGUUGGCACCGAAGGUUUGUGGGGACCAGUGGCCCACAGAAUAUCCGUUGGAGUUGGCCAGACGUAACAAAGACGUCCAUGAUAUAGCCGCUAUGACUAUUGACAUCAUCAAAACUUUUGUAAACUAA